AUGCUUUCCAUCAGAUCUGUCGCGCGCUCUGCGCCCAGAGCCCUCACCCGCCUCUCCCUCAGACAGGCCGCCCGCCCGAGUGCAUUCAUCAAGGCCUCCUCAUGGAGCGCUGCCGUCCAGACCCAGCGUGCAUCUGCCUUUUCCAGCUCCGCCUUCAGGAAAGCCGCCACCGGUGAGACCGAUGCCGAGCUCGUUGCCAAGCUCGAGAGCGAGCUUCAGUUCGAGGAGGAGGUGAAGCAGAACGAGCAGCUGCCGGCGAGCGUCAAGGACUUCAUCGACAACAGCCCCUUUGAGCUCCACGACAUCCCUGGCAAGGAGGAGGUCAAGCUUACACGCAAGUUUGGCGAGGAGAAGAUCACCAUCACUUUCUCCAUUGCCGACCUCGCCAACUAUGACCCCGAGGUGUACGACCAGGACCGCGCCCUCGAGGACGAGGAGUUCGAGUCCGACGUCCAGAACUCCAACAAGCAGUCCGAUGUCCAGUCCUCGGGUGGCGCCCGCUCCGCCAACGCCGAAGAGCAGCUCGAGGAGGAGGAGGGCGAUCUCGACGAGGCCGCGCCCCCCUGCCGCCUGAGCAUCGUCGUCGAGAAGCCCGGCAAGACCCCCGGCGCCCUUAACAUUGACGCCACCGCCCAGGACGGCGCCAUUGUUGUCGACAACAUGUUCUACUACGAGGACGGCAAGCUCGCCCAUGCCUCCAACGCCGAGGUCGCCCACGCCCGCAGCGACAUCUACCCCGGCCCCCCCUUCGGCAGCCUUGAUGAGGACCUGCAGAUCCUGAUGGAGCGCUACCUCGAGGAGCGCGGCAUCACCCAGGCCCUGGCCGUCUUCGCACCCGACUACAUUGACGUCAAGGAGCAGCGCGAGUACGUCCGGUGGUUGAACAAUGUCAAGGGCUUCGUCAACGCCUAA